AUGCCCGCCGACCCGCGGCUGCCGUCGGUGCCGGUGGGCGUGCCGGCGCAGCUGCCGCGCCGCCCCCACGUGGAGCGCGACGCCUUCACUGCCGCCUUCGCCGUCGUCGCAGAGAUCACGCCGCCCAAGACACCUCCACCUCCAGAAGGUCGCGUCAGCCCGUUCCGCGGGCGCGGUUUCCGGCCGCCGACCCGCGCGUCCUCCCGGGCGGCGUCGCCGUCGCCGUCGGCCAAGCGCCGGCGGCCGUCGCGCAUCCCCAGGUCGACGUCGGGCUCUCCCGCCCACCGGCCGGCCGCCGGCAAGCACGGCACGCCACGGGCGUCGAGGCCCGCCUCUCCGGGCAACGCCGCCGGCCCUGAGGGCCCGCACCAGAACGGCACCGCGCCGGCGCCCAACAUCGUCACCGACGGCGCGUCGCAGGACAGCCAGCAGUCGCAGGAGGCGGAGGCGGUAGCGGAAGACCCGGCGCUUCUCGGCGUCGGCGAGCGGCCGCAGCACGGGCUGUCCAUCCGAGGCGGCCUGGCUCUCAAGAAGGCGCUCGCGGGCCGGGUCGCAGCGUCCAAGGCCGGCCGCGAGCCACCGCCACCUGCCCGCACCGUCGAAGACGAGAGCCGCAGCGGCCACGGAGGCCUCAAGAACGCCGCCAACGCCGCCGCCGUGCGCUCCAGGCUCUCCUCGCCGAAGGGUGGCAGGCCCUUAGCUAGCGUGGAGCCGGUGUCUCGAGGGGCGAGGCCGAGCGUCGGUACUGCCCUCAGACUCGCGUCGCGUCUGCAGUCGCCGAGGAGCAGGCGGAGCGCGGAACAGCAGGACUCGGGAGGCGGCGAGGACGGCGUCGACGCGCCCGAAGAACCGGAAGACGGCGGCGGCGACGCGGGUCGUAGAGGCGGCGGCGGCACGGGUCUGGCUGGCGUCGCCAGGCUAGCGUCGCGCGUCCAGUCGCCCUCGGCGGCGACCAGGGGGCGGAGGCAGGAGGAAGCAGCCCGGGGGCAGAAAGCCGGUACCGGAGGCGUGGCCACCGCCCUUUCACUGGCGGCGCGCAUCCAUUCCGGAAAGAGACGCGGCGCUUCGCCGGCUGCAGGCGCGCCCGCUCCCCCAAAGCUGCGGACGCGGCCAACGCCGCCAGGGGCUCUACGGGAGCCGGCGCACUGA